UACAAGCAGCAGUGUGUGUGCGUCUUCGGGCGAGCUUCCUUCCACAGUCGCACGGCAACAAACCAAAAGUUGAAAUACAAUGUGUAAUUCUGCCAUGGUGAUUUGAUUAGUUUUUAGUUGUGGCAUCAGACAAUAAUUUAGGCUCUUCUGAUUUCGGUUUUGAUGAUAAUGUGUUCGCCAUGUGGCAAGUGGGCGAUACUGUAAUCCGCGUAUAUAUUCCCCUUGUCCGUUGCGCUUAAGCUCCCGCUAAAUACACUCCCUCCCUCCUCGCCGUCCGUCCGUCCCUCCAUUCCAUCCAUCUUCUUCUUCACCGAUCCGCCAUUGCCUCGCGCGCCGGCGGAGGCUUGCCGCUUUGGAGCUGUUUCCCGCCACUGUUGCGCGCUUGCCGGCCUCGUGGUAGCCACAUUUAAUUUACUUACAGCUGCAAAGCGCGCCAAUUCGGCGGGCGGCGGCGGUCACCAUGCUGGGGGUGAGGAAGGGCGCGGCGACUGUGGAGCUGGGGUCGCUGACCAUGAGGAGGAAGGGCGCCCCGCCUCCGCCUCCCCCCGUGGUGCCGGUGGAGGAGGGGAAGAAGGCGCCGGCGGUGGCGGUGGGGACGGGGAAGGUGUCGGCGGAGGAGGUGUGGGAGGUGCGGCCGGGCGGGAUGCUGGUGCAGAAGCGGGGGCCCGAGGAGGACGAGCCGGCGCCGGAGAGCGUCAAGCCGGUGCCCACCAUCCGGGUCAAGGCCAGGCUCGCCGGCAAGACCCACGAGAUCUACGUCAGCGCGGAGGCCACGUUCGGGGACCUGCGGAGGCGGGUGGCGGAGCGCGCCGGCGCGCACCCGGAGGACCUGCGCACGCUGUACAAGGGCAAGGAGCAGGACCCCAAGGCGUUCCUCGACAUGGCGGGGGUCAGGGACCGCUCCAAGGUCGCCGUGGUCGACGACCCCGAGGCCCGCGCGCGGCGCCUGCUCGAGGAGCUCCGCCUGGGCAGCCUCCGCAAGGCCGCCGGCGCCGUCGCCGCCGUCGCCGCCGAGGUCGACAAGAUCGCGCCCAAGGUGUCGGCGCUGGAGGCGUCGGUGCGCAAGGGGGAGAAGGUUGCGGAGAAGGACGUGGCGACGGUGACGGAGCUGCUGAUGAACGAGCUGCUCAAGCUGGACGCGGUGGUCGCCGGCGGCGACGUGAAGGCGCAGAGGCGCGUGCAGGUGAAGCGGGUGCAGAAGUACGUGGAGACGCUCGACGCGGUCAUGGCCAAGAACGCCACCAUCGCGAGCAAGCCCGCCGCCGCGAAGAAGCAGCCGCCACAGCCAGCGCCGGCGAGGCAGCAGCAGCCGCCGCAGUCGCAGCGGCAACGACACCCGACAGCUCCUCCGCAGGCGCAGGCCCCGGCGCAGACGACGCGGUGGGAGAUGUUCGACCUGCUGUCGUCGCUACCAACCACUUCGUCCUCCUCCUCCACCACCACCACCGACAGCUCCACCGCGUCCUCCGCCGGCGCGCCCCCGCCGCCCACCAACCGGCUCGACUGGAUGCUCUAGCCCGGAUCACCACCACCACCGCAAUCCGGACCAGAGAAUCAAAAUGCAAACAUAUUCCCUCGCGCGCGCCAAGAAUUGCUCGGCGAGACGAUGAUUGAAUCGGAUCAUCAUCCAUGUCCUGAUUAGCUCAUCAUACUGCCGCCAAGUCCUAGUUCAUCAUCAUGUCAGAGAGAGGUGUCCAAAGUUUUUUCCUCUUUUUCGUCUUCUUCUUCUUCUUCUUCUUCUUCUGCGUCCGUCAUCAUCAAAAUGUCUGAUACUGCUACAAAUUCUUUGGUGUGCAUACUCUGGGAACCAAACAGUCGGUCAAAAGCUAGGGGAAUGUAAAAUGUAAUGUGUUCAGUUGGGUUGAGAUUGGGAAAUAAGUCAAAGCUUGGAGUUGUGUCCA